AUGAAAACAAUAUACUACAUUUUGCUUUGCUCGUUCGGACUGCUCCCGAUAAUUGGGGCACGGAUGCACGAUUACGUAAGAGACGGCCGUGAUGACCUGGGUCCAUUUCCUUCUAAUUUAAUGAAUGUACCCUAUUAUUGCUAUCAAGUACCUUCGAAAGGCCCAUGUGGGAAAAUGUAUAAAUCCUGGUUCUUCGAUAUAGUAAGAAGGAAAUGCAUGCCGAUGUUUUAUUCUGGUUGUGGUGGAAAUGAAAAUAGAUUCAACAGUGAAACGUUGUGUAUGAUUAGUUGCGGUCGAAUGAGAACCAUUUAG